AUGAAUAAAAUAUUAAAAUAUUCAUUUUGUAUUUUUAUUAUUUUAAAUUUAUUUAGUAGAAUUAAUUGUAAUAUAACGGAAGAUGAACAAAUUCAAGCAGAAAGAAUAUUUAGUAUCUUAGGCCAACUCGCACUCCCAAUAUGUUCAUACUUUACAUGUUCAGGUACAGAUGGGGAAGUUAAUCGAGAUAUUACGGGAAUUAUUAUCCAUCCAAGUGGGGAAAACAUUUAUGAUUUAUCUUCAAUUGAUUUCUCAGUUUUCAAAAAUGUACAUCAAAUAGAUUUAGGUAGAAAAAUCAUUCCACCAUUAAAUCUUUUAUCUCAAAUUAAAAACUAUACCAACUUAAUCUCAUUAUCAGUUUAUGGUUUAGUAGAGGGUGUCGAUGUUUCUUUACCAUCAAGUUUGGUUUCAAUAGCAUUCGAAAAUUUCAAAGGUACAUUCUAUACCAAGUGGGUUAAUGCAGAUGCUGAUAGACUCUAUGUUCAUAAUACAAUUGAUUUCUCAAUAAGUGGUGCCUUUGUAAAGAGUAAAAUAACUAGUCUCGAUUUUCCAAUCCCACCCCAAGGUUUCCCAGAUCUCUCAACAUUAUUUCCAAAUCUUAUUUCAGUUGCUAUCUAUUUUAAAGAAGUCACACUUGGCUCAAGUUAUAUUCCAUCAAGUUUUUUAGGUUCAAUAGAAAAAUUACCAGUUAGUUCAGUUAUAUUCGAAUUUGAUGCAAAUACCACAAAAAAAGAACUUUCAAAAAAAAUUUAUUUACCAGACUUUAGUAGAUCACCUUUGUACUAUUUUAGAAUUGACGGUGAUGGUUUUGUAUUAAAUCAAGGUCAAUCACUUGAUUUCAUAAAUAGUUUUUCUAGUUUCGAAAUUUCCUUAAUAAAUUGUAAAAGUUUAUUUAAAACAUGUAGUAACUGUUAUAAAGUACCAAUUGGUUCAAAAUGUGAAUUUAGUUUUAUUAAAUUUUAUGUUGAUCAAGUCGACCUCAGAAAUUGCACCAAAAUUAAACUUUGGGAAAUUGAACCAUCUCAGAAUAUUACAUUCAAUAAUAUGAAUUUUAAAAAACUUUCAAAUUUAGAUAUCACAAAUACAUCAUUAUCCGGUGAUUUACCAGAUGAAAUGUGCCAGAUGGGUUAUACAGGUGUUUCAAUUAAAAACAAUCUAUUUUCAACAAAGGUACCAUCAUGUUAUAUUUGCACCUCUGAUCAAUCAGUAAGAACAAAUAUCUUACCAAAUAAAUUUACUACAUUUGGAUUAGAAUCCCCAGCUUCAUGUCCAAACUUUAAAAUCGAAUACAAGGAUUUAUACUUAGUCGAUACAAGAGGAGACGUUAUUGUUAUUUCUGGUAAAGAUUUAGGAUUUAAUGUUGAUGUUGAAGGUGUUGACUCAUGGGACUUCACUGUGCCAAAUGAACUGAUUAGAAUAUAUACAGAAAAAGGUUUAGGUACAACAAACAAAACCAUCAAGGUCACUUUUAAUGAUAGAGAAAAACAAAUAUCUUUCAAUUAUCAUUAUGCACCACCAGAAAUUUCAUCAUACUAUGUGGACACAGAUAAUGGUAUAAUAUUUUUUGUAGGCUCUGGUUUUAGUACUGAAUCUCAAGCAAAUGCAAAUAUGUUAACUAUGUCAGAUAAUGAUACUCCAUAUAGUGCUCCAUUUUCAAAUCGUGAAGCUUCGUCUAUCUUUGUUUAUAUUUCGGGUUUACAAAAACCACCAACUGCAGGCCAAGUUUUCUCAGUUCAAGUAGUGUCAGGUUCACAACAAUCAAAAGAGGUAUCUUUUGUUUAUGGAAUAAACCAAAUUGGCAUCAACGACGAUAUCGCUUUUAAUAGUGGUGAUACAACUGUAAUUAGUGGCACUUUUCCAACUACCGACCCUUCAAAAGUUAGUAUAGUCAUCAAAAAAGAUUAUUAUUUUAUAGAAUGUACAACUUUGGAGGUAUCAAAUACUUUGCUUACUUUUACAUGCCCAAAAUCAGAUAUAGUCGUAGGAACAGAUCUACCUUUUUAUUUAACCAUUGAUGGUUUAUUCUGUGAUACCAUUGCCACUGUUUAUCAAGUAUAUGGCACAUACACACCACCUCCAACACCAUCACCAAUUGACUCUUCAUCCUCCUCAUCUCCAUCGCCAUCACCAUCACCAUCACCCUCUCAAACCUCCUCAUCAGAUGAAGUUUCCUCAUCAUUAAAAUUAGAAUUCCCACUCACUUUAAUAUUGGGUAUUUUUUUGUUUUCACUUUUCAAAUAA